UUUUUUAAUUCAAUUUUUUAUUUAGAAAAAAAAAAGUUUUGUGGCAGCGUUACCUUACAGCGUGAAGAGCAGGUCUAGACGACGUAAAGACUGCUUGCAGGAGUUCAAAGGAAUAACUGCAUUUUCUUCUGCGGCUUAAUAGAGUACAAGUUUCUACUCUUGUUCUCUAAAGGAACAAGAUGAUUUCUCUGACUCCUAUUAGAAACUCUGGAGCAUAAAGAAGAGUUGCUUUGGGUAGAUGAUACUCAGAGAUACUAUGAAGUCCUGGAGCGACAGCCAGUCAGACCUCUACAGCAGUGACCAAGAAGAGGAAGAACAGAUGAUUUUUGGAGAAAAUGAAGAAGAUUUGGAAGAGAUGAUGGAUUUAAGUGACUUGCCUACCUCACUCUUUGCUUGCAGUGUCCAUGAAGCUGUGUUUGAGGUAGAGGAAGAAAAGGAAAGAUUUGAAGCACUUUUCACAGUCUAUGAUAAUCAAGUUACAUUCCAGUUGUUUAAAAGCUUUAGAAGAGUAAGGAUAAACUUCAGCAAUCCAGAGGCAGCAGCAAGAGCACGGAUAGAACUGCAUGAAACUGACUUCAAUGGAAAAAAGCUGAAGCUAUAUUUUGCACAGGCACAGGUGUCAAAUGAAAUAGGAGACAAGUCCUACCUCCUUCCUCCACAACCUGUCAAACAGUUCCUGAUAUCACCACCUGCAUCUCCACCAGUUGGAUGGAAGCAGAGUGAAGAUGCAACUCCUCUGAUAAACUAUGACUUGCUUUGUGCUGUCUCCAAGUUGGGGCCAGGUGAGAAGUAUGAACUUCAUGCAGGAACAGAAUCUACUCCUAGUGUAGUUGUCCAUGUCUGUGAAAGUGAGACAGAGGAGGAAGACGAAGUAAAAAAUCCCAAACAGAAGAUCAUGCAGACAAGGCGUCCAGAACCACCUGCAACAAUACUGAAUGAAUCUAAAGCAUUUGAUUGUACACUGGAGGUAGGGGGUACUAUGCAUUGUUAAAUCAUGUGAUGCUCGAGAUAGUAUCAAUAAUCAGACAUGUAAUGAGUUAAGUGAUGUCUGUACUGCUGCUAUACGUUAUAUAUAGCAGCAACGGAUUUUACUUGUAGUUGUCUCUCAUGUUCAAGAUUUUGGAUGCCAAUGCUCUAAAAAGCACUUUAGUUUUAAGGAGUAGGCUCCCAAAUGUAGCAAAUUCCCCUGACUUGAAUAGUGAAAAAUAGGAAGCCUUUUUCUUUUUUUCUCUUUUGAAGCUGUUACCCUACUCUUUAUACUGUAUAGUGUGAUGUACCGAGUGUUGAAAUAAUAUCUUAAACAUUGCUGUCACUACUGGAUUCAAGAAAGUUCAUUGUAUAGCAACUAAAAGCUGAUUUGUACUGGUACAACAGCUUCCAGAUAGUAUUAUGAUUAAAUGUAUAUGUAAUAUACUCUUUCUGCUACAGUUCUUUCCCAGGUAGUGAUCUCCUGAGGUGACUUGAUUUGCAAAUUGAUUGUUCAUGAAACUGUUCUGUUUACUUUUCUCAGAAAUGCCAAGUAUUUGUUUUUAAUUUGACAUGAGGCACAAAUACAUGUAUGGAACUAAAUUAAAGCAGUUUUUCUAACUGAACAGAGAAGAAUACAGGAGGAAGAACCACAGACCACUGAGAAGGCAGAGUCCGAGUCUGUCUCCAAAACUACUGCUGCUACUAUCUGUGAUGGUACACUGAUAGGUACAAUAGUUUGCACUGACAACUAAUUAAAGGUGAAUUACAGUAUAUGUAGAGUGAAAUACGGAUUCAGCUCUUGAAUGUGUUGUCUCUGAUCCUCUCUAAAGAUAUGGUAAUGCUUGUUCCUCUCCAGUCCUGGAGAUGGCCUACAUUUAUAAAUAAAUUCAGUGACUGUUAUGACUAAAUGAUGUUAGGAGAUAAAAGGUCCAGGGUUAGUUUUGAACUUGUGCACUUGUGCUCCUAAACUUCUACAAGUGUGAGGUUUUUUGGUUGUUUUUGUUUUGUUUUGUUUUUUCUUUCCCCUUCCAGUCGUUUGCCUGGCUUAGCCAGCUUUUAUGCAGUUUUGGCCCUCGUUUCCUGUUUUUCAUUAAGACUUCUUUGUGUGGCAUCCUGUAUGUCUAAUAGAGCAUCUGUUAGUUCUCAGACCAGGAUGCGUCUUUUAAAAUAUAGAUCUGUAAUAUCGUGAAUUUCUGUGUUAAGUGUUUUAGUAGAAGGAAAACAUGCCUCAGUAUAGUGGCACAUGCUCCUAUGCUUUUAUGCUAUUUUAUAACCAACCUUUUUUAGUCUACACAGAUUCUUCUUUUUUCUAUUAAGAAGUUAGUUACUUGUGAACAAACACAAGGCUGCUUAUGUUCAUAUAUAUAAAUCAUUCAUAAAUUGGCCUUUUUCAAAUCAUUUUAGUGGGUCGUUUAAUUCUGUAUAAAGUGCUUAUUAAACUUUCAAGAGUGUUUUCACUUGAUUGACAGCAGAGAAGAAAAAGUAGACAUGAAUUUGUGUAGGCGCAGUUGUUUUAAACUCCAUAUUGUGCCAGCUCUUGAUCCUUUCCUGCCACCAGCUUCAAGUUGCAAAAUAGGAUCCUGCAGGCAGGUCCUCAUUCCAGAGGCAGGAAUAGUAUAUACUAAAAAUGUUGAAAGAUGUUAUCUGUUUGUCUUGCCUCCACAGGCAUGAUAUUUAUGCAUCUCUUCAGGUAUUAAAAUCACUCUGCUGUUUCACUCUUCCACAGUAAACAAAAACAAACAAACAAAAAAAGACUUGUAUUGUCCACCAAGUUUGUGCAUUUUUAAAUUCCAGAAAUCCGUUUUGGAUUUUCCAUGGUGUUUAUAUUUUGUUAAUUGCUUAAUUUCUACCCCAUUGUAAAAGUUGGUAUAAGUAGGGUUAAGUGGAAGACCGACAGAAACACUUUUUUUAAGGCAAAUCAAACCAGUAAUGUUAUUGUCAAUGUAUCUUGUGUAAAAUGUGUAACAACUUGCAUUCCAACAUCUUUCAUUGUGUAAAGAGACUUAAAAUAAAAACAAUGCAGUGCCAUUCA